UCUGUGCCAGGCACUGAGCUGGGCACUUGACGAGCAUCACUUCUUAAUCCUCAGAACAUUCCAGGGAGGGUCCCAUCUCCUGGGCCAUGAGUGAACUGAAGGACUGCCCAUUGCAGUUUCAUAACUUCAAGUCUGUGGACCACAUGAAGGUCUGUCCCCAGUACACGGCAGUGCUGGCCCGCUCCGAGGAUGAUGGCAUUGGCAUCGAGGAGCUGGACACCAUGCAGCUGGAGCUUGAGACCCUGCUGUCCUCUGCAAGCAGGCGACUGCGUGUACAGGAAGCUGAAAUGCAGAUCCUUACUUACUGGCAGGAUAAGAAAGGUGACAGGCGAAUUCUGAAGCUUGGUCGAGACCAUGAGCUUGGUGCCCCCCCAAAACCUGGGAAGCCCGAGAAGCAGAAACUGGAAGGGAAGACAGGACAUGGGCCAGGCCUUGGCCCAGGACGACCCAAAUCCAAAAAUGUUCAACCCAAGAUCUAG